GUACUUCGCAAUUUAUCUCCAGCAUUGGCUGUGUUCGAGAAUGUGCGUGCUGCAGCAGAGUUUUCAUACCCAAAGGAUGCCCCUCCUGUGCAACCACCUGUGAAGACAGUGGAGCAAGACGUUUUGGAAUUGGGCUAUCAUUUCGUCUAUGACAUUCUAGAUUCACCAGACUUUUUGCUUCCACAACGAAGACAGCGGGUGUGGGGCAUUGCUUCGAUCAUCACUGGGCACCAAAGCCAGAAAGAGAUUCAAGAUGAGUACAAGCUGCUCCUGGCUUCAAUGAGAAGCAAUAUGCAGUUUCCUAUGGAGUUGAACUUUCCACACGCACCGACACAGGCAUUGCAAGCUGGCCGCCACACAAAGCUCAUGCAGAAGGCUCAGGCAGUGACCCUUGCAUCCUUGGUUUGUUGCCGCGGUGCCUGGCAAACAGCUGGAACCAGUUGUGAGUCUGAGAAGCCCAUUCUCCGCCGCUUGAAGCGGAAGCAGCCGGCCCCAGAGUAUGGA